ACAAAACUCAAAACCCUAACACCUUUAAAAUAUCUCCGAAACUAGGGUUUUACAGAGCUCCCGCAGUUUAAACUAUCAUUUUAUCUCUUCGUAUCUAUAGAUUAUGGGUAAAUCAAGCAAGAAAUCAGCCGUCAAGGUUGACGCUGCUCCUGCUGUAACUCCAGCUUCAAAGAAAGGUAAGAGAGAACCUGAGGAGGAAUUGGAGAAGCUUGUGAGUGCAAAGAAACAGAAGGUAGAAAAGGGGACUGUUCAGAAGCCUAAGGUUGAAGUUAAGGCUCAGAAAAAGAAGAAAGAGGAGUCGAGCAGUUCUGAUGACAGUUCUUCCGAGGAAGAAGAGAAGGCUAAGGUUGUAAAGAAGGCUGCUCCAAAGGCAGCAGCAAAACCACCUGUCAAGGCAUCUAGUAGUGAUGAUUCAUCAUCUUCAGAUGAUGAAUCUGAUGAGGAGGUGCCUGCUCAAAAAACUGCUCCUGUAAAGAAUGGCUCUAUUGCUCCUAAAAAAGAGAAGGAAGAUAGCAGUUCAGAAGAAUCAUCUGAAGAAUCAUCUGAUGAUGAGAAGACUCCUGCAAAGACUGCUGUACCUGCAAAGAAACAGCAAACAGUUGCCAAAAAUGGUGCUGUUGCUGCACCUGCUAAGAAAGCCAAAGCUGAUAGUAGCAGUUCAGAGUCAGAGUCUUCAGAUGAUGACUCCGAUGAGGCUCCUGCUACUAAGAAGGUUCCUGUUCCAGCUAUCAAAAAGAAAGUUGAAUCAAGCGAUAGCGAUAGCGAGGAUGACUCUGACUCUGACGAGGAUGAGGCUCCUACUGCUACUAAGAAGGUUCCUGUUCCAGCUAUCAAAAAGAAAGUUGAAUCAAGUGAUAGCGAUAGCGAGGAUGAUUCCUCUGAUGAGGAUGAGGCUGCUCCAGCAAAGGCUGCUGUUGCUCAAACUAAGGAUGCUAAAAAGGAUAAAAUGGAUGUUGAUGAAGAUGAUAGUGAGGACGACAGUGAUAGUUCAGAUGAAGAAGAAAGUGAAGAUGAAAAAUCUGCUAAGACCACAAAGAAAAAUGAUACUGAUGUGAAAAUCGUAGAUGCCAAAGUUGGUUCAAACUCAGACAUGAAAGCUCCUAAAACGCCAGUCACUCCCAAGAUCCAAGCUACAGGAUCAAAGACACUGUUUGCUGGCAAUUUAUCUUUUCAAGUUGAAAGAGCAGAUAUAGAAAAUUUCUUCAAAGAUGUUGGUGAAAUUGUCGAUGUUCGCUUUGCUCUGGAUCAAGAACAGAGGUUCAAGGGUUUUGGACAUGUUGAAUUUGCCACGGCCGAAGAAGCGCAAGAGGCUCUCAAAUUGAAUGGAAAAAAUUUAAAUGGUCGGGACAUUAAGCUUGAUUUGGCUCGGGAAAGGGGUGAAAGGACCCCUUAUAGCGGCAAUGAGAACAACUCAUUCCAGAAAGGAGCAAGAAGCCAGGGUCAGAAAGUAUUUGUUAGGGGGUUUGAUACGAACCUCGGUGAGGAUGAGAUUAGGAACUCUCUUGGGGAGCAUUUCAAAGAUUGUGGAGAGAUUACAAGGAUAUCUAUCCCAACAGACUAUGAGACUGGUUCUAUCAAAGGGAUGGCUUAUUUGGAAUUCCAGGAUCCUAAGGGUGUUAGUAGUGCUCUAGAAUUCAAUGGCUGUGAAUUUGGAGACCAGUAUUUGACUGUUGAAGAGGCAAGACCACCAAGGACUGAGAGUGGUGGAAGAGGUGGCGGCAGAGGCGGCGGUGGUCGUUUUAGCGGCGGUGGUCGUUCUGGAGGUGGUGGUGGUCGUUUUGGAGGUGGUGGAGGUCGUUUUAGUGGCAGAGGGGGCGGUGACAGAGGCGGUUUCCGUGGCAGAGGAGGACGUGGACCUAAUAGGCCCAGUAUGACUGCUUCUGGGAAGAAAACCACUUUUAACGAUGAUGAGUGAAAGUAGAGGAGUCUUAAAUUGUUUCGAUGAAGCGAAUAUUAUGUUUUCAGUGGCUACAGGCUCAUAAGAUUUUGUUUGGCGUUGUUAUUUUUUUAAUUAGGAAGUAGUAUUAUUUAAGUAAUUUUCCAACUGCUUUACUAUCCUUGACUCUAUGUACUUUGCAUACAUAUACUUGAAGAAGUAUUUAGUGUGUAAUUUUAUUAUCUAGUUAUUUUAAAUUAUACUUCUCCAAA